AUGUCCACUGCUAGACCGGGGAUGCGCCCUCCAUUCCCGUCAAAGGCUGGCCCCAGGGCACCACCUAUGGGACGCCUGGCCAGUUUGAAAUCCCCUAAUCCGGCUGCAAUAAGACGGCCUCAGCCAAUUGGCCGUCCACAACCAACCAAGCCAACCACUCACCCCAAGACCUCUACAUGCCCUAACCCUGGUUGUCCUGCACCUCAUAUCGUCGAGGAUGACGGGCAAAAGGUUUGCUCCGGUUGCGGUACCGUCAUCAGUGAGGCAAACAUUGUCUCCGAAGUGACUUUCGGUGAGACAUCAUCUGGUGCUGCAAUUGUUCAAGGUACAUUUGUCGGAGAAGACCAGUCUCAUGUCCGCAGUUAUGGCCCAGGCUUUCAGCGUGGAGGCGGGGCGGAAAGCCGAGAGAUCACUGAACAGAAUGGUAGUAGGUAUAUUAAUCAGCUGGCUCGCGCUUUGACCAUUCCGGAGAGUGCUUCGAAAGCUGCUGGUCAAGUCUUCAAGCUCGCUGUUGGUUUGAACUUCAUUCAAGGUCGUCGAACAAAGACAGUUGCUGCGGUAUGCCUCUACAUUGCCUGCCGCCGGCAGGAUGGCAACACUGUAAUGCUCAUCGAUUUCGCGGAUGUCCUCAUGAUCAACGUGUUUAAGUUAGGUCGAACCUACAAAGCAUUGUUGGAGGAGCUGCGUCUGGGUGGAAAUGUUUUCCUAAUGAACCCGAUCGAUCCUGAGAGCUUGAUAUACAGGUUCGCCAAACAACUCGAAUUUGGACCGGCCACAAUGCAAGUUGCCAGUGAAGCUGUGCGUAUCGUACAACGAAUGAAUCGUGACUGGAUGACCACGGGUCGACGUCCUGCCGGUAUUUGCGGCGCUGCUUUAAUUCUUGCAGCUCGAAUGAACAACUUCCGGCGCACGGUUCGCGAGGUGGUAUACGUCGUCAAAGUAACCGAAAUCACCAUCAGCCAACGUCUGAACGAAUUCGGUGCAACAGAAAGCGGAGAGCUGACGGUGGACCAAUUCCGCUCUGUGCAGCUGGAGAAUGCCCAUGAUCCGCCCUCUUUCACUAGAGCAAGGGAAGGGAGGAGACCGUCUCGGAGCAUCAAGAAAAGGCCCGCUGAAACUGUAGCCGAUAUCGAGGGAGAACUCACUGAUGUCGCCACAACCCCCUCAAAUACAGCCCCCCAUCAGCAAAAGCGUGUCGAUGCGGAUGGCUUCGCUAUCCCUAGCCUUCCUAUUGACCCGGCCUUGAUGGCAACAGAUAGUGAGAGACGGCUGUCGACAGCGUCCAUCGAGAGCGAGGUCACCUCGGAAGUCAACGAAGUCCCGGGCAAACCAAGCAGGGGGCGCCCUAAAGGCUCCAAGGCACGACCCCUGCCAACUCCAACUCCCGACCAGAUCGCCUCGGAGGAGGCCCUCGAGGAUGAGAUGACCUCUUAUCUGGCGAAGGGCUCCACUAUGGUCGAGAGUACCGCAGAGCCAAGAAAAACUGUGUCUGAAAGCGCAGAAAUCGACGAGGCCGAGUUUGAAUCAGAUCCAGAAGUUUCUAACUGUCUACUAUCCCCUGCCGAAGUCGAAAUCAAGGAGCGGAUCUGGGUGCAUGAGAAUAAAGACUAUCUACGGGCACAGCAAGCCAAAGCAUUGAAACGGGCCUUGGAGGAAGCUGAUUCACAACCGGGUAUGCAUAAACCACGCAAGCGUCGUCGGGGUAGACUAGGGGACGUUGCUUAUCUCCAGGGCGAUGGUGAAGAUGGUGAUGGAAGAAGCACGCGGGCUUCUACCCCAGCAGAAGCAACGCGUCGAAUGCUGGAACGAAGAGGAUUCAGUAAAAAGAUCAACUAUCGUCUGUUGGAAUCACUAUUUGGUGAAGAAGGAGCCGAUUUUGCCGCUAAGGCAGAAGGAGACAGUAUGAGCCGCAGCCAGAGCUACAACCAGGGCGUAUUCUCUGGGAUCGUGGGAAAUGAAGACUUCCUCAACGUUGUACAUCACCCAGGGUCAGCAACCAUCGGGAUCAUAGUCGGCAUCUACAAUCUAGGUUGUUUCCUUGGGACAAUGGUGUGUUUUACGGCGGGGGAUAGCCUCGGGUUUCGGAGGAUGAUGUGGUUCUCGAUGAUUUGGGUUGUGGCUGGAGCGAUUGCACAGACCUGCGCGUUUUCCACAGCGCAGCUAUUGGCAUCGCGAUUCUUUACUGGUAUCGGUACUGGGAUCUUUACCAGCACUGUUCCAGUGUACCAAUCGGAACUGUGCGACGCACGGAAACGAGGAAUGUAUGUAUGCAGCCAACCUCUUGCCGUUGGAGUGGGCAUUGUCGUUGCCUAUUGGUUCGAUUACGGGAUGAGCUAUGUUGAGGGACCCGUGAAUUGGCGUCUACCAAUCGCUUGUCAAAUCAUCUUUGCUCUCAUUGUGAUGGUAAUGGUUCUCGGGCUGCCCGAGAGCCCUCGAUGGCUAUAUCGACGAGAUCGGGGUAGAGAAGGCUUGCAGGUGCUCUGCGACUUCCAUGACCGCACAGCGAAUGACCCAAGGAUUAUCGAAGAAUCAGAGGGAAUCACCAAAGCUAUUGAGCUAGACAACCUCCGUGGAGAAUACAGCUGGUCCCAAAUCUUCAAAAAAGAUGAGCUGCACACUGGCAGACGUGUACUACUAGCCUACGGAUUGCAGUUCAUUAACCAAAUGGGUGGAGUCAACAUCAUAGUCACUUAUGUCACUACAGUUUUGGAGACCAAUGUGGGCCUUGACAAGGAGUUAAGUCUCCUGCUGGGAGGCGUGAUCCAGGUCAUGUUUGUCAUAGGCUCCUUCUAUCCCACAUUCUACUCCGAUCGACUGGGUCGCAAAAGGCCGAUGAUGUGGGGAUCUUUUGGAUUAUUCCUCUGCAUGAUGAUGAUCUCCAUUCUUUUGUCUUUUAAGGGCACCUCCUUGGAAAAGUCGGCAGCCACGGCAUCAAUCCCGUUUUUCUUCCUGUUCAUGCUCGUCUUUGGGGCGUCCAUUAAUUGCAUACCAUGGGUUUACGGGCCGGAGAUUCUCCCCCUUCAUGUCCGAGCGAAAGGCCAAGCCCUCGGAGUCUCGGCAAAUUGGCUGUGGAAUUUCUUUGUGGCCAUGAUCGGACCAACUUUAAUCAAUGACCUUGCAUGGAAGGGCUAUCUCAUCUUUAUGUGUUUCAACCUCGCCUUUGUGCCGCUUCUUUAUUUCUUCUACCCUGAGACUGCCAACCUCAAUCUCGAGGAGAUCGAUUCCUUGUUCAUGAACAAAAUCCCACAGUCAUUGGACUCGUCGGAAGAGUGGAAAGAGCCCAUCGUUGUCACCACGAGCAUUUAA